AUGAUGAGCGAAAACGAUUCCGAGUCAUAUUCUUCAAAUUGUUCUGAUACUAACAAAGAUUUUGAUUUUAACUAAUUAGAAUAAGCAAUCUUAAUUUCAAAGGAAAAUGGAUUAUAAAAAUUGAUCAAAGGAUCAGAUCAAUAUUAUUAUCAAUACUUUCUAAAUAUCUUAAAUUAGAAAGGAUACUAAUUUGAUUCUGAGUAAGAAUUGAAUUUUAAACAAUACAAAACUAUGAAAACUGAGAAUUAUAAAAAAAUUCGUUUAAGAUGUUUGUUUUAAGAAUAUGAUAAUCUUAGAAAUGAAUAAAUAUAAACAGAAGAAAAUGCAAGAAAAUAAAGAGAAAUCUUGUAAAAGAUCAAUAAAAAAUUAUUUUAAAUUGAUUUCAAUAAGCUGUCUUAAAAUGUUUCUACUAAUGUAAUAUAAAUUAUAUAUUUAGUAAUAAAAUGCAUUUAAUAUGAACCUAAAUUCUAAAGAAUUAGUUUCACAAUUUGAUAACAAACUAUUAGUUUUAGAUAAUUAUAUAAAGGAUGCAUACACAGAAAAAGGAAUAAGCAAAUUAUCUCCCGAUCUUUUUAAUUAAUUAGAUUUUAAAUAAUUGAUUUAAGCUCCUAAAAAAGUCAUAGAAAUUUUCUUUAGUAAAAUACAAAAUAUGAAUUAAAUUUUGAGAUUAAACAUGAAUAAGAAUGAUAUACCUUAAUUUUUUGUUGAGUUGAUGAAAAAAAAAGAUUUUGUUUUCGGAUCCCAUCAUUUUAUUUUCUUAACUGUGGAGAAAAUGGAAGAGAUAGCUAAUUUGUGUAAAAACUUUUUAGAAAAUGAAUUUUUUGUAGGAAAUCUUUUUUUUAAAAAAUUUUAUUAAAAUGAUAACUUUGAAAAUUUAUCAAUAAAGAAUUAACCAAAGGAAAUUUAUGAAAUUUUGAAAAAAGCAUUAAAUUGGACAGAAUAGUUACCAGAAAAAUUUACUUCUCUUAGACACUAAGUUAUGAUAGAAUUAUUGUAAUAUGGUAAAUAUUAAAUAUUAUAAAAUAGGAAUUGAAAUUUAGCAUUAUGAUUUUGAUUUGUUGUUAGAGUAUUUAAGAAAUCCAAAAGAAAUUUAUAAUAACAUCACAUCAGAAUAAAGAGACUUACAAAGGAAAAUUAGAAUUGAAUAUUAAUCAUUUUGGCAUUAAUGGCAUGGAUUUAAAACUUAAAGAUGUAAAUAAAAUAAUAAAUAUUUAGGGCUUAAUUCUAAUUAAUUAAUUGAAAAGUAUCUUUAAAAAUACUUUGAAUUAAAUUCAGAUUUUAGUAUUUUUGAACAAUAUUUGUAAACUAAUUAUCUAAAAGAAUAAAAAGCAUAAUGUAACCUCUAUAAAGGAGAAGAAGUUCUAGAUUUGACAUCCUUUUUUUCAAAUUCUUAAAUAAAAUAAAUGAACAAUAGUAAGAUUUUAUAAUUUUGUGGUUAAAAUAAAAAUUAGUUCACUCAUGAUGAACCAGUAAAUAUAUUAGUGGAACUAAAGAAUAUUUAGAGUUUAACUAUUAAAAUAUUUCAAAUUAAUAUGAAAAACUUUUAUUCAGCUAAAAAAGAAUAAUUAACUUCUAAUAUAUGUCUGGAUGGAUUCAUUCCAACAGAAGAAAUAAAUUUUACUUAUGAUUAUCCUCCAAUUAAGAAAGUUAUCAAAGAGUUUUCUUUUGAAUCAAUUCAAAAAAUAGAAAGAGGAUCCUUUAUUAUUGAAUUUAUAGGUAAUGGAUUAUCUUGUAGAGCUAUUAUUGAAAAAGGUAGAUUAUGUUUACAUCAAACUAUUGUAGCUGCAGGAUAUAAAUAUGAAAUAUUUGAUGAAAAAUUUGAAAAAUUAUAUGAUGAUCAAAUUUGUAUAUGGAUUGAAUAAAAUGUAUAUAAAUUAGUAAAAGGUGAAAUUAUAAUACCAUUCCCAAAAACUGAAACUCAAGAAUAAGCAAUAAUCUAGUUUGGAGAUUUUUAUUAAAAAGAAAAUCUUAAUUUAUAUCCAGAAAGAUUUAAUUUAGUAUGUAGUUUUAUUAUGGUUGAAGAAUAAUUUUAAUUAGGAUAAGAUGUUUCAUUAAUUAUUAUUCCUUCAUUAAUUUUAAAUGGAACUAAUAUUGAUUUUAGAAUUUUUAAAGAAGCAAAAGUAUAAAUAACAUGUUAAAAUGAAAAAGGUGUUCCAUAAACUUUUGACUUUAAAGAUCUUCAUUUUUAAAGUAAAGUUCCUCUUGAAAUAAAAUUUCCAAUUAAUCAAAAAAUACUUAAUAUUUAAAUAGAAGUUUCUGGUAAAAUUACAUAAUUACAUGUAAAGGAAGAUUUAGUAUUAACAUCAUCACAUAAAAUUUAAAUUUAAGAAAAAUCUUAAGAAUAAAUUUUUAUAAAAUAAUUAUUAAAAUUUGAUGAUAUAGAUGGAUAUUCAAUCUUUAUUUUGGGAAAGAAUGGAGAACCUUUUAAAAAUGUUUAAGUUUAAGUCUCAUUUACACACAAAUUGAUUAAUGAAUAAAUUAAAGAAAAUCUUAUAACUGAUUAAAAUGGUUAAAUAAAAUUGGGUUUCUUACCAAAUAUUUAAUAAAUAGAUUCCUCUACAAUUUCUACUAAUUAUAAGAUUCUUCAGGAAAAAUGGAAUAUUUAAGAAUAAUUUGAUUCCUAUUAAAAGAAUUUUGAAUUUGUCAUAAAUUAGGGAUAAAAAAUAACAUUACCAUUCUCUUCAUCAUUUGAAAAUGUCUUAUUUUACUAAGUAAAAAAAAAUCAAAAUUAAACUCAUAUACCUAUUAAAAAUUUAAGAAAUUUGAUUUAAUUUGAAGAAAAUUCGAUAACUAUUGAAUUUACUGAAAAAGGAUUAUUUUUAUUGGAACUUUUAAAUGAAUAAUAUAAAUUUUAAUUUUAAGUUAUUGAUAAUACAUUGAGAUAAUGUAAUGAUUAUUUUUAUACCAAUAAUGAAAGAAUAGCAAAGCAGUAAAAUAGGGAAUUACAAAUAAAAAAUACUGUGACUUAAGAAAAUGAAAAUAAUUAUUUGGUAAGAGGUGACAUUAUAACCAAUAAUGAAAAAUAUAAUUUAAUAGCCUUAGCAACAACAUUUUAUCCUUAAGAUUUUAAUGUCUUAAAACAAUAAGGGAAAAUUUUUUUAGAAAAUAUUUCUGAUUCAGAUAAUCUUAAAUUAGAACCAAAAAGUAAUAUUUUUUUAUCAAAUCUAAAAUAAUCAAAUGAAUUAGGAUAUAUUAUUGAAAGAAAGAAUUUACCAAGAUAUGUUGGUAAUACUCUUGAGAAACCUUAAAUUCUCUUAAAUCGUUUUCUUACUGAUGAUACUGUGACUUAGGAAGAAAAUUUAUAAAAAGUUUAAGAUAAUUUAUUCACAGAAUGUGAACCUAAAAAUUUAGCAUCAAAAGCUUGUAGAAAAUCUGGACCUUAAUCAUAACAACAUUAAAGUUUUGACCCUUUUUGUGAAUUUUUAAAAUAUCCAGGCAAAAUAAUUACAAAUAUAAAGAAGGAUAAAGAUUAUUAUACUUUUGAAGUUCCAGUACAUUAUUCAACUAUCUUAAUAUUAGUAUAUUCAGAAAAUAAUUAUGUUAUCAAUAUAUUACCACUUAAGAGCAACUAAUUUAAAAUAAAAGAUUUAAGACAUGGAUCUUUAUUAUAAAAAGAUAAAUUUUAUUCUACUUUUAGAAGUACAAAAGAGAUAAUUCCAGAGAUUCCGAAUUAAAUAUAAGAUAUAACAUCAACAGAAAUUUUAAUUUUAGAUUCUUUAAAUAUGCUUUUUAGUUUACAAAAAGAAAUAAUGAAAAUAAACAGACAAUCUAUUUAAGAUGAGGAUUAAAAAAUGAUAUCUAAUAUGUUAAGAUGGAAUAUUGAAACUUUUGAAUUUUAACAAAAAUUUUAUAAUCAAUACUAAUGUGAUGAAUUGAAUUUAUUUCUUUAUUUUAAAGACACAGGAUUUUUUGAAACAGUAAUUAGAAAUCACAUAAAAAAUAAAAUAGAGAAAUCUUUUAUUGAUUAUUUUUUACUUUAAGAUCAUGCAGCAUUAUAAUAAUAUGAAUAGGUCUAAUAAUUUUAAUAAUUGAAUGGUCUAGAAUAAGCACUUUUAGUAAUUUAUAAUUAAGAAAUAGUUUAAAAAAAGGAUGAAGCUUAGUUCAUGUUUAAAUAUCUUUAAUAGAAUUUUAAAACUAUAAUUAAUAAAUAAGAUGAUGAGAAGUAUAAGUUGCUUUUUGAUACAAUUUUAGGAGUAGAAAAGAAGUAAUUUAUGAAACAAAAUUAAAAUUUAUAAAAAACCAAAAUUUAAAUUGCAAAUAUGUCAAAAUAAAGAAUGGAAGAAAGGGGAACUUAUAAGAGAAAAUCGUCUGAUGAUGAUAGAGAUAAAGGUAAAUAUGAUUCAGAAGUUGGAUCUUAAUUUUAAGAAUGUAUGAGAAGUGGAAGUAGUAGUAGUAGUAGUAGUAGAAGUAUUAGUAGAAGUAUUAAUAGAAGUAUUCGUAGAAGUAUUAGUAGAAGUAUUAGUAGAAGUAAUAGCAAUAUUAAAGAAAAGGAGAAGUAACAAUUUUAAGUUAGGCGUGGAGGAGCAAGAACUAGAUAAACAGCAAGAAAAUCCUUAGGAAAAGGGAUUGGUAAAGUUGGAGCAUGUAGAUAUUAAUCCAUGCGUUCUAAAUUAGUUUAAACUUUUAAAAAUGUUGAAGCUACUAAAGAGUAUUGUGAAAAGCAUUAUAGAGUUGGAACAAAUAGAAAUUAAUUUACAAGUUUGAUUUAAAUUUCAGAAUUUUUAAUUGAUCUUGCUAAUCACUCUAUUCAAAAUGGUUAUUUCACUUAAAAAUUUAUUACAUCUUCAUUUAUGUUUUGUACUUCUAAUUUUACUGAAAUAAUGAGUGUUUUAGCAUUAAUAAAUUUACCUUUUGAAUCACCCAAAUAUAAUACUAAAUAAUUAGGUAAUAAAGGUAUUGAAAUUAUUUAUCCAACUUCUGCUCUCAUUUUUAUUAAAGAAAUUUAAGAGGCACAAGUUUAAUAGAAUUCAAAAAUUAUUAUUAAUUAAUCUUUUUUUGAUCCUUUAAAUGAAGCAAUUAAUGAUUCAGAUGAAAAUGAAUCAGAAGAAGAUUUAUCUUAAUUUGUUAUUAAAAAAGUAUAUGGAUGUAAAGUAGUAGUAUCAAAUUGUUCAAGUUCAGAUCAAAAAUUUUAAUUAUUAGUAGAAAUUCCAAAUGGAUCAAUUCCAGUUAAAACAACUUUUACUACUAAAACUUUUACUUUGACUUGUCCUCCUUAUUAAACAACAAUUUAAAAAUACUUUUUCUAUUUCCCUAAAGCUGGAAAUUUUACAAUUUAUCCAGCUAAUAUAUCUAAACUUGGUAAAGUUAUUUAGAUUGCUAAAGAAAAAACAUUUUAAGUUUAUGAUUAACAACCAAAAGUUAAUCUAGAAAAUAUAAAUGAUGUAUUAUCAACAGAUAACAAUUAGGAUAUUUUAAAUUAUAUUGAAAAUAAGAAUAUUUUCAAUUCUAAAUUUUUUUAUCCUUAACUAUUGUAUCAUAAAUUUAAUGAUCAAGUUUUCUAUAAUCAAGUUAUGUAAAUUUAUAAAAAAAGAAAGUAUAAUGAUCACCUAAGUUUUGCUUUUUCCUUAUUACACAAUAAUUUUCAAUGUUUAUAAGAGUUAUUUAUGUCAACAUAUGCUUAAAAUAAAUUAUAAAAUGCAUUUAAACAUUUUAAAUGUUCAUUAUUUGAAAUUAAUUCCAUCAGAAUCUUAGAAUAUUUUCCACUUAUAAUAAAAAGAGUGCAUUAACUAAAAUAAGGAGAAAAUAAUAUACUAAAUGUAUAAUUUAGAAAUUAAUAUAUUAAUUACUUAAUUUAUCUUUUAGAAAAACCUCAAUUCUCAACUGUGGAUAAAUUAGUUCUAAUUUAUUAUUUAUUGUUAUAAGAAAGAGUCAAUGAAGCUGUUUAGAUUUUUUCAUAAAUUCCUGAAGCAGAAUAACAAGAAUAAUAGUUAUAAUUUGAUUAUUUAUCUGCUUAUCUAGACUUUUACACUGGAUAUCCUAAUUUUUAAAAAGGAAGAGAAAUUUGUAAAAAGUAUUUAAGUUAUCCAGUUAUACAUUGGAGAAAUCUAUUUUAUGAAAUGAUUAAUUUAUUAAUUGAAUAUGAUGGAGAAGAAGACAAUUAAUUUAAUAAAUUAGGAUAAAUUUAAUAAAAAUAAAAAGAAAUAAUUUAAAAAGAAGAAACUCUAGCAGGUUCAAUAGAAGGUGACUCAAUUAGUAUUACAUUCUCAAAUUUAUAAGAAGUUAUAAUAGAAUACUAUAAAUUGGAUAUUGAAAUUUUGUUUUCAAAUAAUCCAUUUAUGAAGAAUAUUAUUCAAGAUUUUUCAAUUGUACUUCCAAAUGUAAGUGUAAAACAUAAACUUGAAGGAUAAGAAAUUUAAAAGAAGUAUAAAUUUAUUAAUUUAGUUUUUUUUAAUAAAAAAUAAAAAUACCAAGUGAAUUAUAAAAAGAGAAUUUAUUUGUAACAAUAAAAGGUUAAAAGAAAUCCGUAACUUGUAAAUAUUAACCAACAUCUUUGUUUGUCUAAACAAUGAUGGACUCUGGUUAAAUAAGAGUAUUUAAUUAAUAAGGAUAAUACUUAUCUAAAGUUUAUGUAAAAGUUUAUUAAAAAAAUAAAAAUUAUAAAGAGUCAUUUCAUAAAGAUGGAUAUACAGAUUUAAGAGGAAGAUUUGAUUAUGCUUCACUUAGCUCUUCAAAUGUUAAUGAUAUCACUUAGUUUUCAAUAUUAGUUUAUCAUGAAGAAUUAGGUAAUUCAAAUUUAAUAAAAUUUUAGGAUCAGUUAUUUAAUAAGUUUCACCUCCUCCAACAUUACCAUAAUAUGAAAAAGAAAUUUAAUUAAUUGGAAAUAAAUGGAGACAAUAAGAAAGAGAAGAGUAUUAAAUUAAAAAGAUAGCAUAAUAAAACUGGACUGGUAAAGGAGGUAAAGGAGUUGAACAAUAAAGCCAAUUAAAAAGAUUCACAAGAGAUCGAGAUUGAUAUGAAUGAUUUAUUUAUCAUUAAAGAA